CGUACGACCAAAAUUCUACCCAGCAAGAUUCAACUCGCACAUCUGCCGUCACAUCGUCCCAGUCCAGAGGUUGGUGUGAGAAAAAUGGGGGACAAAGUUUUUCCUGUUGUGAUGUCGGAGCCAGAGCGGCUCAGACGUCCAUCGGUAGUGGGUACGGGCCGGAUGGACCACGUGACGUACUACGCUCUGGGGUUCUGUGGUCUGUACGGGAUGCUGCUGGUGGUGGUGGGGACCGUUCUGCCAAUCAGCGAGUUCAUCAGCGAUCACCUGGUCAAGCCACGAGUUGAAGGAUUUUUCUGCUAUCUAUACACUGUGGGGUUUGCUUGGUUAUUGGCAGUGUUCGUCUCUGGAUGCAAACAUGGCCGCUGUCCAGUCGAGGGGAAAAAGGACGACCUUAGCAUCUUUCUGAAGUGCGGUUUGGUCGGUUUCGGUUUGAUCAGCGUUAUAAAAGCUGCCCUGGAAGUCGCUCUCUAUGCUGAGUAUAGCACGAUGCCUGGCUGUUAUCACGUGGAGAUGACGUCACUGCUGAGCCCUGUCGGCUGGAUCUUCUUCUGUCUGAUGCAGAUGUACAUUCUUCUAACCUUUGAGAUGAAUCAUCAGCCUCAUGGCUGGCAGUCGUGGUUCUACGUACUUGGAUUGAUGCACUGCGUGGCCACCAACCUGUGCGUGUGGGUGAACACCGUGGUGCACGAAACCGUGGAGGCGCUGGAACACCGGCUCAACCAGACCGUGGUGGCGGAGGAGGGGCACGAGAGGAUGCUGCACGUCUCACACGAUACUCAUGACUCAGGUGCAGACGAAGUUGACCUGGCUCACCUCUGCCAGCCAGUGUACCUGCAGCACCUGAUGAAGUACAUGUCCCCCAUGAUGUACCCAUGCACCAUAGAGGAGAGCCUCAUCGCUGCGGCUGCUUUUGCAAUCGCUAUUGCUGAUAUCAAAGAACAGGCAUACGGAAAGACGCCAACACGGCUGUGGAAAGUCCUGUCGGAUACAUCUCACUACUGCAUGUCCUCGUGUAAAGGUCUGGUGGCCGGAGUUAUCGUCCUCGCGGCUGUCCUCACCACUAUAAUUAUCUACGGAUUCUCUUUCGGUGCGAUGGACCACUUGGCCGCCUCCAUAGCUUACCAAAUAACCAUUUUGAUGUGCAACAUCAUCGGGAUCGUAGUCACAGUACUGGCCUGGCGCUACCUGCGCUCACACCGCAGCGAGCAGCACAGCGGCGCCGUUCUGGAUAAAGCCCUGCUGUCCGUCGCGCUGUUUGGCGUCUUCCUGUUGGCUGUGUUGAGCCUGAUCUCGGGAAUCAUGGCAACCCACCACAACUGGUCAGACACGAUGCUGACGUGGCGGAUGGCGUCUACCAUCCUGGAAACAUCACUGCAGACUGUCUUCAUCUUUGACGGACUCAACCGGACAUCGGUGCUUAAGAGCGAAGAGUGUAAAGCUGUGGAGACACCAGGACUGCUUAACCGGGUAUCGAAAGCUGUGCAGACUCCAAGACUGACUAACCGGGCAUCUAAAGCUGUGGAGACGGGUCGAGUGUCGUUUUCAACACCAGGAGAGGCAAACAGGAGGUCUAAAGCUGUGGGGAUGGAUCUAGUGUCAUAUUCAACACCACGGCAGGCAAAUGGAGAGGUGAUUCACGAUGUCGUUCCGCAACGAGGCGUUUUGCCUGUGCGGCAAGGUAUUGAUACAGCUCAGUCGGGCAGAGUAGAGAUUCCGACAAUCGUGGAAGACUGUGACGGACCAGAAGGUCGUUCUUAUAAUUAUGUACGUUGUGGUCCGUGUCUCAAAGUGUCACUUCCGCAGCCAAAGAGCGAUGAUCGCAGGGUGAGCAAGACGAAGGGAUACGGGGAAGACCAAGAAGAUAAUGGCGGAGGAAGGAAAAGAUUCGUUCGCGAAAAGAGCGGACCAGAGAGGGGGACGAUUCGGAAAGGUAGCAGACAGCUGGUGAUGUUCUUGUUCGUGUUGAACGUAACGCUGUGGCUGGUGUCCGUGUCUACACUCUACAUCCCGGACACGCUCACAGUGCAGGAGCAGUUCUAUGACAACGUGGCCUGGAUUCUCCUUACCCACAUUGCUCUGCCGCUCCUCAUCUUCUACCGCUUUCACAGCGCUGCCUGCCUCUUCGAGAUCUGGAACCACGCCUACCAUCCACACCAACUUCCAGAGCAGAUCUAAAAACCACGCCUACCAUCCGGACCAAUCUCCAGGGCAGAUCUAAAAACCACGUAUACCAGCCACACAAAUCUCAAGAGCAGAUCUAAAAAAACACGUUUAUCAUGCACACCAAUCUACAGAGCAGGUCUAAAAACCACGCCUGCCAUCUACACCAAUCUCCAGAGCAGAUCUAAAAAUCACACCUGCCAUCUACACCAAUCUCCAGAGCAGAUCUAAAAACCACGUAUACCAUCCGCACCAAUCUCCAGAGCAGAUCUAAAAACCACGUAUACCAUCCACACCAAUCUCCAGAGCAGAUCUAAAAACCACGUUAAUCAUCCACACCAAUCUCCAGGGCAGAUCUUAAAACCACGUUUAUCAUCCACACCAAUCUCCAGAGCAGAUCUCUAAAAACCAUGCUUACCAUCCUCACCAAUCUCCAGAGCAGAUCUAAAAACCACGUAUACCAUCCGCACCAAUCUCAAGAGCAGAUCUAAAAAAACACGUUUAUCAUCCACACAAUCUCCAGAGCAGAUCUCUAAAAACCAUGCUUACCAUCCUCACCAAUCUCUAGAGCAGAUCUAAAACUACGCUUACGUGUUAAAUAGGCAUUUUAACGUUUCUUCCCCGCUAAGUCAGGUACUAAGUAAGUAAAACAGGCAUUUAUGGCAUAGAUGUCAUAUAUAGCAUAUGCAAAUCAAGCGCGAAUCAUACCAAAUAUUUCGUAUUCUAACAUAUUUCUUUGCGUACGCAAACCUGCAUUUAUGUUUAAAUUUUGUGCUGUUUAAGAAUAGAUUCAGAAGAAAAAGUUACAUCGAAUAUGAAUGAACACGGACCUUGAAAUAAGGAUUUACAUAAUACGUCCGUAACAGAGAAAGAGAGAAAUAUGAAGAUAAGAUAAAAUUGGCAUUAAAUCAAGUUACUUAAUCAAAGUGGCAAGAACAUUUAUAAUUGUAGGAACUUUAUGCAACGCUACACCAUAUUCGGACAAACUGAAACCUAAAAAUUCUUUGAAAAUCAGAAAAAGGAUCUGGAGCUAAUGUAAACUACAUGAUUAUUUGAUUUCUGGUCUUAACGCUACAUAUAAGAACAAUUUUCUAAAAGGAUCAACAAAGCAAAAUCUGUUGUUUACGGUCAAGAUCCUUCAAAAUCCUUUUUGCUGGUUUUGCAUAUUUGCAAAAUGCUUCAAUGUAACGAAAAACGCAAAAGUUUAUUUUCAAACCAAUGUCUGGGCUUAAAUCAAAUAGGAGCGAAGCGGAUGUACAUUUAGAUUUCAGUUCUUCGGUGACCUGAAAGUAAUAAGAUGUUUAAGAGCGCAAAAAAAACUGUAAUUCUCAGAAGUGUAUAUUCUUUGCUUGAAAUUCAUAACAUUUAUAGAUGCAUUAUUGAAUAUUAGAGGAAUUCUUGCAAAGUUUUGUUUCUUGUUCUGUUAGUGUACGACUUCCUCCAAAAGUAGUUGUUUUUCAUAUGUUACUGGGAGGGUGAGGGCUGUAGGAGUCAACCGGUCCUGAGUGAUGUUUUGCUUCCAGUCUAUGCUAGGUAUUGCCUGUUAACGAUUGAUCAAAUACAAUCAUACUCAUCAAAAGUUAUAUUUUUUAGAAGUGCUCUGGUUACAGAUUAGGUAUGUAAUGACUAAUGUGAAUAUGUACCAUCCAGAUAGUAGCUUAUUAUUCCUUUUCUAGUAAUAAAACCCCUGGACUCGAUAACAUUCCUACCAUCAUAUGGAAGGACCCGUUCAUGGUUUCAUGAUUUACUUCUACAUCUUUGCAACAAUACUUUUCUAACUCACAAACCCCUCUCAACAUGGCUUAAGGUUGGAAUCAUACCAGUCCCCAAGAAAGGAGACCUCAAUUCAACUGCAAAUUACCGUGGAAUCACACUUAUUCCCAUUGCGGCCAAGGUUUACAAUAGAUAAACUUUGAAUAAGCUUUGAACAUCGCAUAGCAUAAGUGACCAUCUGUUACAUAUAGAAUCCGGCAGGCAUAACAGUACUCCGAUAGAACAUGUAAAUUCUGUGACCAUUUAUAUCUUGAUGACGAGACACAUUUUUACUAGAUUGUACAUUAUAUGAAUUUGAACGCCAAUCCUUAUCCAAUACUAUACAGAUAGACAAAGCACGAACGAUCAUGCGAUUAACGCAACAUGUAAAUAUAACUCCAUCUGUUUCAAAAAGAGAGAAGAGCAUGUUAGAUGCAGCCAUUAGCGAUAGUAUAUGUUAACUGUUGUGACACAUAGUGUCUUAGUUCUCUUUCCAUCUAGCCUAGUUUGAUCUAGUUUAAAAUCACUGUAUAAGUUUAGUUUUGCCUUUGCAUCCAUAAGACCACGUGGUCCCUCUGUUCAUUUAGCCUUCGGGCAUGAAUAUGCAAUAAUGAUUUAAAAAAAAAACCUUCUGUUUAAUCGCCUUGUGCCAGCAGUUGACCCAGUCUUGAGGAAAAACCAAAAUGGGUUUAGAAGAAAUAGGUCCACCAUCUCGCAAAUACUGUCAAUCCGACGGAUCAUAGAAGAAAUGAGAAGGUGUGAUAAGGACCUGGUAUUGCUGUUUGUUGACUUUCGCAAGGCCUUUGACUCUAUAAAUAGAAAUACCAUGUUUGAGAUACUUCCACUGUACGGGAUUCCUCUACCUAUUACUGAUGCUAUUAAGUCACUUUACAUCAAUACUUGUCUACUGCCUCAGCGAUCACCCCUGACAGCGAAACAAGUCCCUUCGAAGUAACCGCUGGUGUACUCCAGGGCGACACAUUAGCGCCGUUCCUUUUUGUCAUUGUACUGGAUUACAUCCUACGAAUAUCUCUUGAUA